AUCCAUCCAUCCCGGCUCUUGUUCUCUAUCCACAUUCUCCUCAGACUUCUUUCCGCCCCCUUCCCUCUCCACCCACAGCGAAUGUCUACAUACACCAGCCGACCCGCGGGUCAGCGCAUCCAGGUCAUGCCCCCACCCAUCCAGGACGAGGAAGGCGCCGUCUUCUGCCCCCAACACAAGAGAAGGUGCAAACAGCUCACUAGCAAGUCCUCUGCAAACCCCGGCAGGCAUUUCUACAAUUGUUCUCUUCCGCGGGACGAUCCCGGGCGCUGCAAAUUCUUUGCUUGGGCUGAUGAACUCCCCCCUCCCUCUCCCCAGAAGGCUCCCCAAGCCAACCUUGCCCCCCAGACACCGUCCCGCUUUGGUUCAACCGGGGGACAAGUGCUCGGGCGAGCGCCAACCUCGGCUGCCGCUGUCGCCCUCAACACACCCCAGUCGUUGAGCAGAACAGACAGGGGCAGAAGUGAAUCUGAUGAUGGUGAUGAUCUCGAUUGGGACGGUGUAGACCUCGACAAGAUGGAGAAGGAUGCUAUCGCGAGCAGUCAGCAGAGUUCGGCGAGGAAGAUGAGCAGCCAGGAGAGUAUCACUUCGACCCCCACUGUUGGGUUCAACGACAGGUUGAACAAUGCCAUCUCGGGAGUCAAGCGAAGCAGGGAUGAUGAUGAGGCCGCCACAUCUCCCAGGCCCGUAAAGAGACCCAUCCCUGAAAACCCAUUCCUGACCGGCUCUUCUCCGGCCCACCCCUCUCUCAUGCCGACCAUUGCUACUCUCCAGCACGUUAGCGAUGACCUGUACCGCCGGGAUCGUAAGGAGGCUGCGACUGAACAAAUGAAAGAGUCUAUGCGGAAAAAGAUUAGAUCUCUCGAGGAAAAGAAUCAGACGUUGGAAGAGAGGAAUCGAGUGCUGGAGGCAAGGGUCAGGCAGCUUGAGGCUAUGCGAUGAGUGGUCCUCUUCGUCAUGUUGUAUCAUUUUGCUCAGUAAUCGUGCCACUUUCUAUACGAGCAGUUUGCCUAGAUAUCUGCCUUGUACAUAUAAUACAUUUACUAGUUAUUCAAGCAAUAACCGAUGAAAUCCAAGGAUAGCUAUGUUAUCAAAAA